AUCAUGAGGCUAAUUCGCCACAAUGCCAACCAUGUGUGAACUCAUGCGAUACGAACCCCUCCUUCCUCCUUCUUCUUCUCCUGCUUCGUUUUUCUGCCGUUUCAAAACGGACCCAAAGAGGCGGAGAGGAGUAAACGGGGGCGAUCACACGCAGAGGACGGGGGUUCCUUUAUUUCUCUCCAUGCUGGUCUGGACGUCCGUAGUAUGUAUGAGAAGUUAACCAUGCUGAACCUGCAGAGCGGCUCCAACUGGAGCGGGCCCAACAACUGGUACCAUGACCCCACCGGCGUUCAGACGCAGCACAGCGCAGUGUCCGAGGGCUGCAUGCUGGACACAGAGGGCAGCAUGGGGGGAGAGGCAGGGGGGGGAGGCGCUGGCAGAGGAGGAGGAGGAGGAGGGGGAGGAGGAGUCCCUGUGGAGCGGGAUGAAGGCGAGGAGUCUCAGCUGAGGCUGCAGCUCAAGAGGAAGCUGCAGAGGAACAGGACCAGCUUCACGCAGGAGCAGAUCGAGGCUCUGGAGAAAGAGUUUGAAAGGACACAUUACCCAGAUGUUUUCGCAAGGGAGAGGCUGGCGAACAAGAUCGAUUUACCUGAGGCCCGGAUACAGGUGUGGUUCUCCAACCGGAGAGCCAAGUGGAGGAGGGAGGAGAAGCUGCGCAACCAGAGGAGGUCAGGCAGCGUCACCUCCUGCUCACAGAGCCAGGCGCCGCUCAGCACCUCCUUCAACACGUCCGUCUACCAUCAGCAGCACAGCAGCAGCUCAGGGUCCAUGUUGAGUCAAACGGAGCCGUCGCUGCCCAGCUACAGCUCGCUGUCUGUCUUCUCAUCUGGAGUCCAGUCUAUUCCUCCCCAGUCGGCCUCCUCGUACUCCUGCAUGUUGCCUCCGUCGCCCUCUGCGCCGCGCAGCUUCGACUCGUCGGCGUACUCCUCCCCUCACCUGCAGACUCCGCCCUCAGCCAGCUCCAACACAGGGCUCAUAUCACCCGGGGUUUCGGUGCCAGUCCAGGUCCCAGGAACUGAGCCGCAGAGCAUGAGUCAGAACCUGGGGCAGUACUGGGCCAGAUUACAGUGAGCUCCAGGCGAAUGCUGAUGGACAGGAGAGGAAGAAAAGAGGAGGAAGAGGAGGAAGGGCAUGUAAAGGUCGUGUCAACGAAGCAAGAUUAGCAUCCAUGUUUUAAGGAAGGUCAGGUCGGAGCUGUAGAGGAGCCUUGGAGGGUUGAAGACCCCGAAAAGCAUUAAAUGUUUACAGAAUCAACCAAAAGCAGCUUUGGUUGCACUUCACAGUACUCUCCUGGUUCCGAUUCUGUUCGGUUCCGUUCGGUUCUGUUCGGUUCUAACGGUCAGGAGGCACGGCUUCACCAAUUUACAGGAGAGCCAAAAAAACAGGACCAAAGAAGUAAUCACACCCUUUGAAUUUUUCAGAUUUUGUCUCAUUACUAUGAUGGAGUAACAAGGCCAGGCUAAGAAAAUGUUUUAAAAAUUACAGUUUUUAUAUUUUAAUAUAUCUGAAAUAAGAAAAGACUAACUCAUAAGUAACUUUUCAGCAAAAUAUAAAGGCUUGUUUUAAGCCAAUAAUUCUUUGAUACAAAUGGGGAAAAAUGUCAGAAGUGAAAUAAUCUGACAAUUGAACUAUUACUUUCAAUCAAGUUGGUAUAUCUACUUGCAAAUUUACUUGCAAGUUAGUUUCGUCUCAUUUCAACUAGUCAAAAAUUACUGGGUAAGAUUUUGUGUUUUUGCAGUGAUUUUUAUUCCAAUUCACAAUCAUGCAAUACCUUGUGUUGGAUAAUCCAGAUAAUCCAUCCAUCCAUUGUCUAUAACCGCAAGGAACUGGAGAAUUAAAAUGUUCAAGAAUGAAUUCAAAACUCAAGGUUUGGAUUUUUAUUUUUAGAAAAACUGCUUCCAAUUUUGAUACAUUUGAAUCUGAGAAAAGUGCAAGGCUGUGCUGCACACACAGAUCAUUCAUCCCAGGUAAAUACCAGCAUAUUUCAGGUGUAUUGUGAAGUGUAACCACUGUCUCUUGUUACUUGAGCAGCUUAACCAUAUUGUGAUAAACUAGCUUGUUCCCUAAGCUGUGAGACUACUGUGAAGAUUUUAGACAAUCACUUGUACUUAAAACUUAAAAAAUCUACCAUAAAAAGUGUAAAUCCUGCCUAUCCUGACUGCAUUGAGGCUGCAUAUUUUUGUACAGACAUCUGUGGGGUAAGAACGUAACUGCAAGACUGCAAAGGGUUAUUAGAGGAAAGAAUGUAGCAUGAUCUGGGCUCCAAUCAUCCUUAAAGCACAAGACAAUUUAUCAAAAAUAGCAAUUUUGCCAUUCUGUUAUAGGUUUAACCUUGAAACAUGAAAUCUGCAAGCAAAUUUCUUCUAUAUUUUAUAUUAAUUUGGGAAUAUUUUUAUCCAGUCAGUUAAAAAAACAGUAGCAGCUUGUAAAGCGAUUAAAAAGUGACUCACAAAGUCUUUUAAACCGUUUUAUACAUCACUAAUGACACUUUUUCUUCAGCGAGGGACAAUCAGAAAUUCUUGCACCUCAAACUAAAAUGCUAGCACUUCAAAGAGACAAUCGGAGGUGGAGGAGAAAAUGUAAAACUACUACAGACUUGAACCUGCUGUGCAUGACCAAAGGAUGGCGCUAUAGAGACAAUCAGCUACUCAGAAACAAAUCAAAUAUUGUACAGAAGCCUUUAUUGUACUUUUACAGAGAUGUAGGCUCUGCUCACUUUUUUCCUCUGGUUCUGUUGAUGCAACUCAUAUAAAAUGUCCUUAAAAUCUCCUAUUUAUUUGUGUCUUCACUUGUUCUCACGGGUUAUUUGUGUUGAGGUUUCGUUGUUGUCAUGUGUUGUGUUAGUACUCUGUAGCUACCAAGAGUCAACCCCUUUUUGUGAAGGCCUUGGAUCCCUUUAAUGAAAAUAAAAUGGUGUGUCAUACA